GCAGUUACAAGCGUAACCGACGGACCAGCCACGAACGAUAGUUCGCCCUCGACGGUACAUACACCAUGGGUGGCGGCAUCAGCGUCGACCACCACAGACACGUUGUACCGCCCAGUGUGAUCUACCACACCGAUAUCCCUGCCUCCUUGGUCACCACUGGCACCGACGCGCAAGCGCGGGUGAUAGUUUCCCUCUCGUCCAAGGAUCGCGUCAUCAAGUGCACGCGGGUGACCAUAUCGCACUCCCACUUUGCCAUUUCGCACCGGUGGCAAAACCGUGUUCAAUGCGACACGUACACUGUGCACUGCGACCACGAGCUACCUUACACGUGUGAGUUGUUUCCGGAAGAAGUGGUCAAUUUGGAACAGUACGUGACCUCUCUGGGCAACAUCUGGCUCGACUAUGUGUGCAUCGAUCAGUCCAGCGACUCGGACAAAAUCGCGCAAGUCAACAUCAUGGGCCAGAUCUACGCGAACGCGACGUCGAUUGUGCUGGGGGCGGGGCUGCAGCCGACGAUGCCGCCGCGCGACUACCUCAUGCGGGCGUGGUGCUUCCAGGAGCGAAUGUUUGGCCCGAUUCGGUUUGUGUGGGACAUGGAGGCCCAGGACUUGGAGCACUUGACCGCGUUCGCAAAGGACAUUGCCCUUCGCGUGUCCAACUUGGCCGAGAGCAUUUCGUUCAUCAACCGCAAAUACGACCCCAAUGAAAACUGGCGAAUCCAAGCACUGCGCAAGAUCCCAGAAAAGUACCCCUCAACCGCCGCGCUGUGCAAUCAAAUGGAGCAUUUGAUCAAAGACACCCGGAACGACCGCACUCAACGUCAAAUUGCCAUUGCUGCCCUUCGCAUUCGAGAACUCGUGCCCUGUGACCAUCCCAUUGUCACGAGCGAGUGGAACUUGUUCUUGUUUGACUGCCAAGCUAGUAUUGAAAAAGACCGACUGUAUGGCACGUGGGGGGUACCCUUGUACCAAUUGAACGUCCCCCUGAGCUACGAGUACCCCGACGCCACGUGGCACCAAAUCGCCAAGAACUUCCCCGAGGCUGACUAUGCCUUUCACGCCCCCCACGGCGCCCCCGACCAGCCCCACGGGGGGUUCAGUGGGUUUGCCACGGUAACGCAGCUUAUGUGUCACAUCAUGAAAUACGCGCCACUGGCCCCUGGAACCCAUGCGAAAACCCCCACAGGGGGAACGCAGUACACGAUGGCCCAGUCCAACGAAGUGUGUGGCAUCGUCUGGGACGAACACUACGUGGGGCUGGCAUGGGACAAACACGAACCCAUCCAAACGUUCCACUUUAUCGUGUCCAAGGAAUGCCUCCGACGGGGCAAGGGCAAGGGGGGUGAGUCUGGUCCCGUGAAGAAGUUCAUCCGGUUGAUUGAGCGAUUGCGCAAGCUUGGGGCAGCAAUCCCCCAUUGGACAGUCACGUUCGAGCUCAAGUCGUUCUUGGAGAAAAUCGCAGAUGAAAAGUGACGGCUGUGGUGCAUUGGCGAUAUGUACAACCAAACAAUGUGCAACAAAACCUAAAGGGGCAUUGGAUUAAUAUGCUACAUUUGAGCUCCAAAAGGACACUAACGUACGUGUCAGCGUAAUGUUCG